GCCUGCCGCCGAGCAGCCGUCCCCUCGCGGGCUCGCCGCCCUCCGUGCUCGCUUGGAUGAGGCUGCGACAUGCCUGAUAAGAGACGAGAUGGGCCAGGGCGACGAGAGCGACCGCAUCGUGAUCAACGUGGGAGGGACUAGGCACCAGACUUACCGCAGCACCCUGCGCACCCUGCCCGGCACGCGGCUGGCCUGGAUCGCCGAGCCCGAUGCCCACAGCCACUUCGACUAUGACCCCCGCACGGAUGAGUUUUUCUUUGACCGGCACCCGGGCGUCUUUGCCCACAUCCUGAAUUACUACCGUACUGGCAAGCUGCACUGCCCCGCCGACGUGUGCGGGCCCCUGUACGAGGAGGAGCUGGCCUUCUGGGGCAUCGAUGAGACCGACGUGGAGCCCUGCUGCUGGAUGACCUACCGGCAGCACCGCGACGCCGAAGAGGCUCUGGACAGCUUUGGUGGGGCGCCCCUGGAUAGCAGCGCCGAGGACGGAGACAUAGAUGGCACCGGAGACUCUGGCGAUGGCGAAGAGGAGCUGGAGAUGACAAAACGCCUCGCGCUCAGUGACUCCCCGGAUGGCAGGUCUGGGGGCUUCUGGAGACGGUGGCAGCCCCGCAUCUGGGCACUCUUUGAGGACCCCUACUCCUCCAGAUAUGCAAGGGUAAGCUAUGCAACCAGCACCCUCACAAAACGCUUCCCCCCUCGCUCCCACUUCUGCCCAGUGGCACCGAGCUUAGUGCCACAGGCAGAGUAGAGCAGGUAUCCCAACAACUGUGCACAGGGCCUGGGGAUGCAGGCCACGGUCUCAGGAAAGUCCCAUGUGUGGGGCCCAAGUGGACACCGUGGCAUGAGC